AUGUGUGGCAGAAUUGGAAGCUGGAUUCUUGUAACAAUAUUACUACUAUCUGCUAUCGUUACGAGGGCAGAAAUAGGAGAUGUGAAAGGUUCCGCAAUAGAUGAAAUGCAAGUCCUGCAAACAGAUAAUAAAGAGGUCAAAGAAGACAAUGGAAAAGAGAUCGAAAAAAUGAAUGCAGCAGAGGCCACAGCAACGGAUGUAGCAAAAGCAAAUUUAAAACAAGGAAUGAGUGCUCAAGAAGCUGGAUUAUCAAAUUCUAUAGACAACAAUGAUUUAUUCAAAGCAAAACGUUCUGCAGAUCAGAUUCCGAUGAAAUCAACAGACGAUCCACUGAAUACGAACAUAUUGAAAGAAAUGUUACUAAAGAAAAUGAUGGUAAACGGCGGAAAAGGUGGAAAUUAUGGAAAUGAAGGUGAUAGUGAUUAUGAAUAUGAAUUACAAAUAUGUAAGAACUAUCUUGCACUUGAAUCAAAGAAAUUUGCGUUAGAAGAUAAAUAA